AUGCAAUCGGCAAUAAAAGAAGCAAUCUCAUCAUCACCCGUGGUAUUAUUCAUGAAGGGAACACCCGAGUUCCCACAAUGUGGAUUCAGUCGCGCCACGAUCCAAACUUUAGGCCAACAAGGGGUAGAUCCGCUGAAAUUUGCCGCUUAUAACGUGCUUGAAGAUGCUGAGUUGCGCGAUGGCAUCAAGGAGUUCAGCAGUUGGCCUACUAUUCCGCAAUUGUAUGUUAAUGGUGAGUUUGUCGGUGGGUGUGAUAUUGUUAUGAGUAUGGCGCAGCUGGGUGAGUUGGCUGAGUUUUUGGAGAAGGAAGGAACGUUGAUCCCUGAAGAGACUGAGGGCGAGGCUGUUGUUGAGAGUGCUGACGUUAAGCCCAAGAGGGAAUGA